CUUGACAAGAUGGCGAAUGCGGUUGUUUUGCCGCAGGGACACUGAACAAAUUACAACAUUAUUAUUUCAAUUUGCAAACACUGCGGUAGCAUAAUUGUUAAAAAGUUUAUUGUUAGACGCGCAGAGCUAAAGAGCACCCACAAUGAAGGGAAAAGAGCGGUCGCCAGUGAAAAAACGUUCAAGGGCCUUGGAUGAUGUACGAGACAGGGGAGGAAGCCACCCGACCAGUAAGAAAAUGGGGGUUCUCUCGAUUUCUGGUGGCGGAAGCAACAACGGUAACAGUUCGUCUAAAAGCGACGGGAGUUCUGCAAGACGAGGAUUAGUUGGAGACAAAAGAGACAGCCGAGAUUUCGACGGACACGUAUCCAGUCGGACUGGAAAUAAUCACGGUUACACAAGCCCCGUAGCCAGCUCGAGUGGCAAGAAUCACGCCUCGAGCCUAUCUGGAGAGGCGGCAGCGCGCAGCAACUCACGCGGAGAAUCGCGCGCGCCACUUCCCACAAACGAAAGUGAGUACAAAACUUUAAAAAUCAGCGAGCUUGGCUCCCAACUAAGCGAUGAGGAAAUAGAGGACGGACUUUUUCACGAAUUCAAAAAAUUUGGUGACGUGAGUGUGAAAAUAAGCCGAGUCAACGACGAGAGAAUAGCAUUUGUUAACUUCAGGAGACCUGACGAUGCCAGGGCUGCUAAGCACGCACGAGGCCGGCUGGUACUGUACGAUCGUCCAUUGAAAAUUGAGGCAGUGUAUUUGAACAGGAGGAGAAGUCGCUCUCCGGUAGACAAGGACCAUUUCUCUGUCGUCGCAGGCCAUAGACAUUUGCAUACUCAAAGGCCGAUCUCUCCGACUGGCCUGGGCUACAGGGACUACAGGUUACAGCAGUUAGCCCUUGGUCGGCUUCCUCCUCCCCCACCCCCUCCUUUACCCAGAGAGCUUGAAAGAGAGUUUGCCUUUUACGAAGCAAGGGCAAGGCCUACUGCGUACAUUGCUGAGCGGGCUGCUUCUUUCCGCGAGGAGGACUUUAUCUCUCCAGAGGACGACCAGAGAGCCAACCGCACACUGUUUCUGGGUAAUUUGGAUAUUACUGUGACUGAAAAUGACUUAAGGAGAGCCUUUGAAAGAUUUGGAACCAUCACCGAGGUGGACAUUAAAAGACCCACUCGGGGCCAGAGCAGCACCUAUGGUUUUCUUAAAUUUGAGAACUUGGACAUGGCCCAUAGAGCAAAAAUGAGUAUGUCUGGAAAAGUUGUAGGCCGAAACCCCAUAAAAAUCGGGUAUGGCAAAGCAACCCCCACCACACGCCUUUGGGUGGGUGGUCUUGGACCCUGGGUUCCUCUUACCGCAUUAGCGAGGGAAUUUGACCGCUUUGGCACUAUUAGGACUAUAGACUACAGAAAAGGCGAUGCCUGGGCUUAUAUUCAGUAUGAAAGCCUGGAUGCUGCACAGGCGGCCUGCACACACAUGCGGGGCUUUCCUCUCGGCGGUCAGGACAGGAGGCUGAGGGUGGACUUCGCCGACACGGAGCACCGCUACCAGCAGCAGUUUCUGCAGCCCCUCCCUUUGCAACACUAUGAAAUUGUCGCCGAGUCCUUUGUUCACCGUGCCACCCCUGAAGCAAUCAGGGUCAGAGAAAGGACACCUCCACCACUGCACUUCAGAGAACGCGAACUGUACGCUGGGGCCGAGUGGCCCGCACCUGCCAUACGUGAACGUGUGAGAAAUCCUGCAUUUGAGCCUCUUGAACACUUGGAGCGUGAGCGUCGGCGAGAGGCUUGGUCUCUGGAGCGGGAGCUGCCGGGGAGGGAACCCGGUCGCAAACGCAGACUUCUGGAGGAUGGGAGACAUCUUGAGUGCUCACCUGACAGCAGCAGCGAAUGGGCAGCCCGGCGUCGGAGACCACCUUCUCUCGAGGGUAGCCCGGGCGGUAGCAGCCGUGACGGGCGUUUCAGUGACUCAGAGCGGCCAGUGAGAGGAGAUCGAGCAUCCCCGGUGCGAGAGAGACGCAGCAGCCUAGAUCGAGCCUCUGGUGAGAAACGCAUCAAAAACAGCAGCAGCCUAUCAGAGUCAAGUGUCGGAGUGAGUCCAGCAGAGAGGAAACGCAAAGCAGGCGAUUCAGCUAAAGGUGCCUCCAAAAGAGACAGAUCUGAGAGCAGCUCCAAAGGCAGCCAGGCCUCAAAGCAGGAAGCAGGUGGGAAGCUGAGCAUGGCCUGGAAUGGUAUGUUACUACUUAAAAACAGCAACUUCCCAGCCAGCAUGCACAUCCUGGAGGGAGAUCUGAACGUUGCCACCAGUCUCCUUAUCGACGGCAGCACAGGCGGAAAGGUCAGCCAGCUACGCAUCACACAACGCCUUCGCCUCGACCAGCCCAAGAUCGACGAAGUGUCGCGCCGCAUCAAAGUCGCAGGCCCAGGUGGAUAUGCGGUUCUACUGGCAGUACCGGGCAGCACUGAGGAGACCUCGUCUUCGGACCCUGCAGCUUCAACACAGAGGCCCCUUCGCAACUUGGUUUCGUACCUGAAGCAAAAGCAGGCAGCUGGGGUCAUCAGUUUACCUGUCGGGAGCAGUAAAGAUAAGGACAACACUGGUGUCCUGCACGCAUUUCCACCCUGUGAUUUCUCUCAGCAGUUCUUAGAUUCUUCUGCGAAAGCUCUUGCCAAAACAGAAGAGGACUACCUGGUCAUGAUCAUUGUUCGAGGAGCAUCUUAAAAUGCAUAACACAAAGUGUUGUUAAAUGCAAGCUUCUCUUAAUGUCUCUUAAUUGCAUGCUCUGUAAAGCAGAAGUGGUACUAGAGUAAAGGGCAAAUGUUAUUACCUGCUCUGCCAAAACUUACUUACAAAAAAGAAAAAAACUUAUGGCCCAUUUAUAUAGUCAAAUUUAGCUCAAUAGCAAUAUAUUUGUUUUCUGUUGCAAGUUUAUUCAGAUGUCUAGUUUGUGAUAAGUUGUUCCCUGCAUAAAAGAUUCAAUGGAGCUGGGCAUGUUAGAAUAGAAACUCUUAAUUUGAUAUCGGCAAUUAAACACUGUCUAUUUAAAACACUUCCUAUCAACAUGUGUUUCAGUCAGACAUCCAUGUACAAAAUCAUUUCUGUGAAUGUUGAUUUAUGUGGUUAUCAAUUGAUCUGGUUUAAGGGGAUCUUGGGUUCAUGUGACUUGAUGCUUUGAACAAUCAUUUAGUAAAGGCAAGUGUAUAGGUGUAUAGUCCUGUAGGCAACUAAAACGGGAAUAAUAUUUUGCUCAUUGAACUGCAUGUUGAUGCUAGUGUUCUAUAAUAGACUGUUGCAGAGGUUUAUCCAGGUAAUGUACAAAAACAUAGUCCACUAAAAAUGUCAUCAGUGUUAUAUUGAUUGAAAGUAGAAAACAGACUACAAGUUAACACCUUAAAUUUCCUUAUUACCAUAAAAUAAUAAAUUGUGAACCUAUUUUGAUUAUAAAGUAGAUAUUUCUAAUCCCUACCUAGACCAAAGUAUACUAUCCAGGCAGAUCUUAUGUGCUUAAAUAUGAAAAAGUCCAUGUUUUUGGGUUACAUUUCAAGGUUGAUGCAUUCUGGUUUCAAAAAGUGAUUGUUCAUUGUACGUUAAAAUUUUAUUUUUUUUACGAGAGGCAGAAGAAUAAUUUGGUUGCAUAAGGUGGUUUUAAUUUUUUAUUUUGUUCCAUAGGACUGUCAAAUAUUUCAAGAUAUAAACAGUUUACAGUGAUGUUAAUACUCAAGUACUUAUGAUGGUGAUUUCUUUUACGGUAAACAAGAUAAAAGAAAGAUUUAACAAAAACAUGGGUUUUCAAUGCAAGUCAAUUUCAGUUGAUGUUAAUGCAAAUUUUUUUAAGUCUGUUAUUCCUUCCUCACCCUCAUGUUGUUUAAUGUAUGCUCUAAUAGAUGGUUUUAUGUGAGUCUCGAUCACAGUUUUUCCUACAAAAAGUAAAUGAGACUGGUAAUAUGGAGUUUCAACUUAAGGGUGAGGAAUGAUCACAGAUUGACACUCCUUUGUGAAUGUGGCCUGUAAUAUUGUUAAUUUUGUCACUCAGCAUCACAUAUAAUUUACUAGAUAUGCUAUGGAAAAGGAGUGAUGUUACUGGGAACAUAAUGUGUCUAACCAUCUUGGAUACAUGUAAAAAUCAGUCCUGCUGAGAUAUUCAUGCCCUUGAAGUGAUAGUUCACCCCAAAAUGGAAACUAUUUUAUUUACUUACUCUCAUGUUGUUAAAAACGUGUAUUAUUAUUUUUUGUUUUGCUGAGCAGAAAAUAUAUUUUGAGCAAUAUUUGUAACCAAACCAUUUUUUGAACACCAUUGACUUCAAUUGAAGUAUUUCCUUCCAUGGAAGUCAAUGGUGCUUUUGUUUCCUGCUUGAUUACAAAUAUCUUUGUUUAGCAAAACAAAGAAUUGUAUACAUGUGAAAACAUGAGGAUGAGUAAAUGAUGACAAAAUUUUCAUUUUUGGGUGAACUAUCCCUUUAAGAAAUUUAUGACAGUGCUACAAUUUACUUUAUAGACGUACCUUAUUUGACAAUGUAGACUGUACAUUUAAGUAUGUUUUAAGUUUGAAAGGAUAAACAUGACGUUUAUGUUUGAAAUAUUACACAAUGUUAUGAUUCCUAGGUGUGUAGUUGUUUAAAUGGUUUUUAAAUGAAAGUCUAUACCUUCUCUAAAACACCGAAAAGGUAGAAUUUGUGUUCUUAGUAUGUUUAGCUAUUUGCAGUGUACCUAUCUGAUGAAGAACUAACAUCUUACCAUGUAUGGUUUUUAUAUUCACACUAAAUUUUGUGUUUUAAAAUCUGAUCAGUUGUUGGUUUCUAUAAUGACACGCUGUUUGUGUACAUGAAUAAGUGGACAUACUGUACGUUCAGUCCCGGACUCACAGGACAGGAAAUUGACCGUUCCACAAGUGGACUUCACGUGGCUGGAACCAGAAAUGAUUGUUUGAAAUGAUUCAGGAGCCCUUUGGAUGCACAAGGGCAAGAGCUUUCCAUUUAAUGUUAGUAUACUCUCACAGAGAGAGCAUCUUCCUGCUUGUGUAAUUGUUUUUGUGCUUACAGUUCCCGUAUUUAAACGGAAAUAAUGACACA